CAUUGUGUGUGAAUAAAAGAUUUGUUUUAAAGAAUUCUCAAAAGUGCAUUUUUUACAUCGAAACAUGCAAUCAAGACAUUUGAUAUUUCAGUAACUUGGUAUGAACGAUAUAGGACUGGUGUGACCUAGAAUGUUCGACUGAAUGUCGAGUGUUAGUGAAUUUCCCGCUGACAUAAACACAAUUUUGGUCGUUAGUUUAUACAUUUUUAUUUUUUAAUCUCUGAGCUUAAGGUUUAAUUUGUCUUGUAGUAUGUAUCACUUCAUUACUAAAAAAUAUCCACAAAUUGUUGAUGAAGUAUCAAGUCAAGCAAUUCUUCCAUUUUGUGAUGUGUACCUACAUUUAAAUGGAUACAUUGAAACUUGUAUAAGUAGAAGUAUAAAAUACCCACAUGUUUCCUUCGAAGAAUCAAUAUUUCUUGCUUUGAUUCAACAUAUUGAACAUAUUUUACAUAUUUUACGUCCUCAAAAAAACUUGUUUUUAAUUUUGGAUGGUGUUAUUCCAUGCGCAUUACAUCCCAAUUUACUUGCAACACGUUUUUUGAAUGAACAGAGCCGCUUAAGAAAACUGGAGUCUUUUUGCUUUUCUCAAACUAAAAAAAAAAAAAAACACCGGUUGAAAGUAAAAAGAGAAUCGGUCAAUGAAAAUCAGUUAAAACACGGUUCGGAUCCCUCUUUUCAUACAUUCUUUGAUAGUUAUAAUACGCUUGCUGGAACUCUUUUUAUGAGCAAACUUGAAGAUUUUUUAAUUCAUUAUAUAAAAUCAAAACUGGAUUUUGAUCUCACAUGGAAAAAUUUGAACGUGAUUUUUUCUGGUUCAAACAUUCCUGGUGAAGGAAGACAUAAAAUUUUAUCAUUUCUACGUCACUUGUCAACCUUGCGUGACUCUCCCGCAACACGUCGUUGUGUUUAUACGCAUCAUGAGAAUUCUUUUUUAACUUGUCUUAUGGCACCUGUACAACAUUUAUUUUUAUUACAAAAUUAUGCAAUAAAAGAGGAAUGUAUUCAAAAGCAAAAAAUUAAUUUUAAUACGUUCUACGGUAAAGAGUCUUAUUAUUUAAUACCCAUUCACAUUCUUCGUGAAUGUUUAUUUCUUGAUAUUGUAUCUAUCAAAACGCUGCAUAAACACUUUUGUAGUCCACUUGUAGCUAAGACUUGCCUCCCACCACCAACCUUAUCAAAGGAAGAAACCAUAGACUUUCAACAACACAAUCAAUUGUCAUCUUUACUUUCGAGCAUGUCUGAUGCUACGGGUUAUAAUGGGAAAUGUUGCGUCAAUGAUUUUGUGUUUUUAUGUAUUUUGUGUAACCAUCAUAUAUCGUUGCGGUUACCUUUCAUGGAUAUGCAGGAAAUGUCUUUUCACCAAAUUCUCUUCAUGUAUAAUUCCUAUAUUGGCUUGUUUUCCAAAAAAGAAGAAGAAAAAAGCUUAACUGACAAAAAUGGAACGAUUCAAUGGGAUAAUUUGUUACAAUUUUUAAAGCUGUGUAAUAAUGAAACAAGCAUAAGACAAACUGAAAAAGAUCUGAAAGUUCUUAAAACUGUCAAUAAAACGAACCACCAUUCAUCAAAAGUUGUUUCUUGUUUGUCUCAUUCGUUGAAUGAAGCUGAACAAUUCCUGUCGUCUACUCCCGAAAGCGGAACUAAAAUUUUAGGAUUUGUUGAUGCCACUGCGUUACCUAUUUUUAAUACGGUCCAUCACAACAUUAAUACAUUUCCCACUCCACAAGACUAUGAAACUUUUUAUUACUCUUGGUAUUUUGGAUGGAAUUUGUUGAACGAAAGCGACGCACGCAAAAUUCAGCAUGUGGUUCUAAAUUAUUGUAAAGCAUUACAGUGGACAUUUUCUUAUUAUUUUAAUGGAGCCACCGAUUGGUACUGGAGCUACCCUUAUCGUUAUCCUCCGUUAUUUUUAUCUCUUUUGAAAUUUGUGCCUACUUUAUCCAAAAUAAAAUUAACCUUAACCCCAAAUGUGUACUGUUCUUCCUCUCAACUUUUGGCCUUGUUACCUUCUUCAAGUAUUAGCUUACUACCAGAAAAUUAUCAAAAGAAAUUUUUAACUGAACGUUUUACUAAAUUCUCGAAUGCGAAUAAUUUGCUUUCCGUUAUGAAAAAUGUCCAUUUUACUUUAACCUAUUUUAAAAAUUUUCGAGCUUUUCUACAAGAAAAUUCACACCUUUGUAUACCAACACCUCGAAUCGAUUCUCCUAUCGCGUUAUUAUUUAAAAAAAAUUUGGAGAAAAUUGCACCUGAACCCGCCUUAAGGUUGAGUAAAUGGGAGUUUUCAUUAAUAGAUGCUGUUUGUAAAAAGGUGAAAAAUAUCACGCCUAACAUUAUUAAUGACAAUUUCCAACAAUGGUAUCAAACUCAAGUGAUCAACGAUGACCUUCACUACCCUUUUCCUAUGCUGUCUUAUUUGGAUAUAUUUCAGGUGUCACUGGAAUCUUCCAACAAAGCAGCGUGCUUUAAUGGCAACGAGCAAAGUAUGCAAUUACAGUUACAUAUUCGUUGCUGGGAAUCGUUUAAAGAAACCGGCCCAAUUCCUUCACAACAUAUAGAAGACGCAUGUUUUCAACUCUUAUAUGAACAUUUUCACGAUAAAACAUUAUUUUUUGAUUACCCUCACCAAUCUGCUGGAAAACUAGUCGGCAUCUUUGGUAAAAAUUGGUUUUUUCGACGGCGAGAUUUUAAUGAUUUGAAUGAAAACGAAAUGUAUUGUGACUUGGAUAUUUCAGAAUUACAAAUGUAUUCCAGUUCAGUAACAGGUGACAAAUCGAGUAAAAAAAGCUCUUUUUUGUACAUUGCGUCACCACAUUCUACAAAAACAUAUAACCAAAUUUCACAAACAUUUCAUACUGAAUCCCAGGAAUCGGGUUUUCACUAUGAUUUUUUAAAUUGUCCUAUAACGAGUACCAUGAUGAAAAAAAUAUUAGAAAAAGCUGUGCACACGGGACAUAAGAAAAAAUUUCGUGAAUCUUACGCGUUAUUAUCUUACUCCCCUCAAGAAAUCUUUAUUGAAAUUUUACCCUUAUCUGAUAUAAUAGUUUCGCAAACCAAAAUACAAUAUAAAGUGAAAGCUAAAACGAUAUAUCGACCACUUUGCCUGUUAUAUCAAAAUUAUCCUCAGAAAUUUUUAACGAAUACAAAGCGUAAUACGGAGAAAAUGCCUCUCUUACCGGGAUCCCACGUAAUGUGCGUCAACAGCUCUAACCCUCUCUUUGGAUGUACGGGAAUCUUAAAAUCCGUUGGAGCCUCUUCUUCUUUAACAGAAGCUAUUAUUCAUGUUUACCAAGAAUCUUAUGAUGAACGCUGGACCAUGCAAAAGGAAAUGUAUGAAAUUUCAGCGAACGAUUUAAAGAUUACGGAAUGGUACUAUAUUGAGGAAAUGUCUCAGAUGCUUGACAUUCCUUCUCAUGUCUUGCAAGCGUUAACGCAAUAUGUUUGGGUUGAGACGAAUUCUCAUGUUUCCUUAGAUAUCGGUUUUAAUUUAGUUUCUCUUGAAGAGAAUAAUGUUUUCUGCAUCCCAUCUUAUACCUCUUUUAUACCGGACUAUAAGGAGUCCCUGAGCACAGAUAUGAAACCACUUUUCUCAAAGACUUGCAUUGACUUGUUACGGACAUUAACCACCACUUACCAUUCACUGGUAGUUGCAUUGAUGAAACAGUCUCGUGUACACGAUCUUAUAAGAACCAGUAAAAGUCAUCCUAUAAAAAUUUCAUCUUUCUUUCCCCAUAAUACUUUUGAAAAAACAAUUUCAAGUUUCAUUGCUUGGCGAAAUCAGCAACCAUUCUUCCGCAUGAGUAAAGCAACACCAUCAACGCAAAGUUUGAGCCUGGAAGGCAUCAAACGCAUGGAGGCAUAUCAAGAGCAAUGGUUUCAAAAAAAAAGAAAAUGCUUCAAAUUAUGCAUCAAAAACUGCAAUGAAAUUUAUCCGAUUGAGCAAGGAAUGCUUCCAGACGUUUUACUUGCGGCAUCCCCUUUGAAAUAUUUUUUAAAGAAAGAUUUUUCUUUUCUUGGACGCCUACUUGUUGGUCAAAGAGUGGUUUAUGCUAAAAUGGAUGGUUUUCUACCCUUUGGAGCGUUUGGUUGUGUGUCUGCUACAACUAUAGGGCCCGACGGUUUAGAACAAUGGGUGGAAUUGAUUACUGAGCAACGUCACUUAAAUUGCACAGAUUUAGGAACACGAUGUUCGCCGUUCCGUGGAGUUCGUGUACCUACAUCAUCUCUGAUUAGCAUUGUUCCUGUUAUUCUUCCUUGGGGUUUAUCUAUAGCAUCGUUAUCAAAUUAUCAAGCGUUAAUACAAGAGUCAGUGCAACAACUUCAACUAGUUAUUCAAAAUAAUGCGUUGAAUGUGUGGCAUUCGGAUUCUCCUAUUAUGCGGCAACUUAUGUCAGAGAUGAAAACCCUUACAACGUCUUACGAAACCGAAUCCAUUAACCAAAAGUUAACCGAUUGUGUUAAGGACUCUAAAACGUUUUCACAAGAUGUUCAAAUAAAUUGUUUUAGUAAUGACAACGCACACAACGUGAAUAAUAAAUGUGAAAAUGACGAAAAACCACUUUCAACAGUAGAACGCCUUUUACAAUAUAAAAUAAAGUUACACCAAAAUGACAAUCGUCUUGCUCAGGUUAAAAGUCAGACGGAUAAACCACCUGAAUCGACGGCACACACCGAGUAUCCAUUUGAAAAACCAAACCAAGGGAACGAGUGCACUGUAAUAAGAGAAGACGAUUUGAAUCAAACUCCACAGAAUUGUCAAAAAGACUUAGUACAACUUUUGCAAUCAUUUAAAAAAGAUAGCAACACUCAAAUUCGACCUACCAAUACGCAAGCUUCUAAUAGUCACUCUUUAUGUUUUGCUAAUAUUCAAAGUAACGAAACCUCUAAGUACGCCACAAAAUUAAAUAAACAACAAUCUCAAAAAAACGGCAUGACAUUGAUGUCGCAGCAUCCGCCAUUUGCCAAUUUUUCGGGAUCUGGUCACGAAUUGCUAACGCUAUUGCAACAGCCACCAAAAGCUUCAGUUUUUGCAUCAGAAACACAUAAAAAAAAAACUCAGCCAAUCUUGGAUGUGUACAUGAAUGAUCAUCCUAGAUAUUCAAACAGGGUUAAAUUUUCUAGUAUGCCGUCCAAUAAUGUCUCUUUAUUGUUUACGAAACGUAGAGGAAAAAAAUGUUUACCUCCAGAAAUAUCUCAAACAGCAAACCAACGGUGUUACUCAAAGUCUGGUCAGCAUUUGAUACGUAUUUUGAAGCGCAGUACAGUUAAUAAUCCAGUCGCUCCAGCCUGUAUUCCAACGUUCCAUCCAAGGCAGUCGCAUUGA